AUGGAGACUCGUAGGGACAAUGCUCUCGAUCGGGCCGACGCUGCUGAGGAAAAAGUACGACAAAUGACUGAUAAGUUGGAAAGGAUUGAGGAGGAAUUACGUGACACCCAAAAGAAGAUGAUGCAAACCGAAAAUGACUUGGAUAAAGCUCAGGAAGAUUUGUCGGCAGCUAACACGCAACUUGAAGACAAAGAGAAGAAAGUCCAGGAGGUUGGUGAUCUGAUCGCCUUCAAAAAUCCUGCAGUUGUUAAGUGUAGAGAAAAAACGGAAGUGCAUCAUUUUUCAGAAUGA